UUGAAGGAGGCUCAGCUCCAGUUAAAAGCUGUCAAGCAGCGCAAUCGACUUUUGGAAGAAAAGAAUGCCAUUUUAGAGGCCAACAAACCCUCUCACAAAACCUCCAAGGCGCCCUCCCAGCUUGUAGCAUUUGACGAGGAAGUGAAGAUGUUUGCUAAGAAGUAUGGCGUCAUGUAUGAGAUGUACCCACCCAGCGCCGAGCUACUAAAGAAGACUCUGCCUUUGAUUGGCUCGUCAUUUGACCAGCCAGCUCGCUAUGCAAACUCGGCUGCAGAAGCAGACACAUUAUUGUCUGAACUACGUAGUGUGCUCCCGGAUCACCUGCACCAUCUCAUAUCCUCAAAUCAUUUCCAUAAGACUCUGCAACAAGCACUUGAAGCUGGUCGGUCUUCCGAACUCAUCAAGUUGCGACGAGUUGGCGGCCGCAUUUUUGGGUUAAGUUCCAAUUACUUUGUCACAUCCUCAAAACGAGACACCAUCAAUGAGCUUUGUAGGCUGCUAGGUACUAUACCCGGAAGCCGUACCUACCCACUAUUUCCUCCCAUUCUCUUUCCAAACGCAGUUGUUGACGCUAGUAAUUCAACUGUCUUCAGUAACUGGAAGCCCUUGGCUCAGAUCUUGAAAGCGGUUUUGAUGGGCGAAGCAUCCCUUACAUCUGUCAAGAAGCGUGGGCCACCUAGAAACUACAAGAUUUGGGGUGUAUCUACCAUAAUGCCCGGAGCAAUUGCAUGGAGCGCCACAAUUGCCAUCUUUCUUCUAUCGCCAGAUACAGUAUUCUCUCAAGACGGCCACGGCAAAAGCUCGGGGAUUCAAUACAAGAAUCUAUUCUACAGUUUCAAGAAAAUCUUGGUGUGUUGCUGGGAUGCUCCAUAUCUCACAAAGAUCCGACGCCACAUUGAGGGACAUGUCUUUGGAGCUGCGAAGCUACCAGUUGAUGCGCCUGAUGGAGAAGACUUUACUGCACAGAUUGCACUUGCAAUGGCUGGCUUGCAAUCCAACGACACCGACGAGGAUUUGGAUUCUACCCCGGGUGACUCUGCUCAGGGUAUUGAAAUCACUCAGUCUGUACUGAAUUCUCCGCUAUCGACUCCAAGACCUUCCAGUGAGAACUUGCCUGUUUUCGAUGACACAGGUGAUGUGGAGCUCAAUGAAGAGGUGAUUCAGACUGGAACUAUAGAUGCAGAGGAUCAUGCAGAGCCUUUCAAUGAGGGUCAUACUCGAGGACAGAAGAAGAAGAAGUCUAGUCGAGUAGUUUCUCGUAAGUCUGUCCGUCAGAAAAAUUAG